AUGACGAAGUUACCAGAUCGUCCGUGGUCAGAGGUCAGUGUAGGCUUUAAUGGUACACUGCCUCAGGGAGAGUACCUGCUCGUAGUCAUUGACAACUACAGUAGAUUCCCAGAAGUAGAGAUUGUCAACUCGACGGCCACGCGUACUGUAAUCCCGGUACUCGACAAGAUAUUCUCAUCGCGAGGGAUACCCGAUGUAGUGAAGACCGACAACGGUCCGCCGUUUCAAAGUAGUGAGUUCGCAAAUUUCGCAAAAUACAUGGGUUUCCAUCCCCGCAAAGUGACACCUUUGUGGCCAGAAGCCAACGGGGAUGUCGAGAGUUUCAAUAAGCCAUUGAACAAAGCAUGUACAGCCGCUCAGGUUGAAAGACAACCUUGGAAACAGGUUAUGUAUGGGUUUCUGUGGAAUUAUCGUAACACCCCGCACUGUACGACCAUGCAAACCCCUGCGUCCAUUGUCCAUAGGUAUAUGGGUACGACCAAGCUGCCUCAAAUCCCGGCAAAGAUUUCCGAUACGGUCCUGAGGGGCAUUGACAACAGAAACAAGGAGAAAAUGAAAAGGUAUGCGGACAGACGCAGGCAUACAAAGGAGUCCAAACUCCGUGUAGGGGAUAAAGUCCUGAUGAAGAAUAAUGUUUCUGGCAAGCUGAUCCCCAAGUUUAAGCCCGAUCCCUACGAGGUGAUAGAUAUUAGGGGUCCCAUGGUGAUCAUCCAGCGCGGCGAAGAAGUAAAGGCGAGGAAUUGUUCCCUGCUAAAGCAGAUACAUCUACCCUAA